AUGGACAGGCAGGUGAGCCUCAACAGGAUGGAAACGUUUUCUUUUGUCAGUCCCUGGAUUCGGUACUUCCUGUUCUUCUUCAGCUUUUUAUUCUGGGUAUUUUCUCUUCUUAUUGUUGGCAUUGGGGUAUAUGCAAAAGUCCAAAAAGCAACAGAUGCAGUGCGUGACAUGUUCCUCAUCGAUCCAGCUGUCAUUCUUAUCGUGGUGGGUGUGGUCAUGUUCUUCAUCAACUUCUGUGGAUGCAUCAGAGCUCUGCGAAAAAACAUACGGCUCCUUAAAAUUACACGCGAUGCUCUGGGGAAAUUCGUGAAAAAAGCCAUUGUGCGUUAUCGAGAUGACCUAGACCUGCAGAACCUAAUGGAUUACAUCCAGAAAGAGUUCAAAUGCUGUGGCUGGAACAACUACACUGACUGGUUGUGGACCCUGUACUUCAACUGCAGCCAGUCAAACCCCAGUACAGAAAGAUGUGCAGUUCCCUUCUCAUGCUGCACUCCUCUACCAGGAGAGACUGUGAUCAACACUAUGUGUGACUUCGGGGUUCAGACCCAAAACUCUCUGGAUGCCACUAGAUCGAUCUAUCUGGUGGACUGUUCGGACAGAGCGGUCGUGUGGAUCGAAUCUCACCUGCUGUUAGUGGGCGCGCUGGGACUUGUGCUACCACAGAUCGCAGGCAUCGUGCUGUCUCAGACUCUCAUCUCUGAGUUCUGGAAAUAG